AUGCAUCCUGGGCCGUGGCUUCCACUACUUUGUUUCUGGGCUUCUUUUGCUGUGCAUGCAUGGAGAUGCAGAUGUGACGCCCUACUUUGUGUCAGAGCUCAAUUCUACAGUCCAGAAGCCUGGAGUACCGGUCACAUUAUCAUGUCCUGCCGAACUGCCAUGGUCCCAUAUUUCUUGGUUAUUCAACGGCAGACUAGUUGAGAAAACAUCGGAUGUGGACAUUCAGCCUGGUAACCUGACCAUUUUGUCUCUGGGUCUGCACCAUGCUGGCCGAUAUCAGUGCAUGAUCAACUCCAGCGACGGCUCUAUUAUUAGUACCCCUGCCAACGUGUCCGUGGCAUAUCUGGGUGACUUUGAUUUAGCCUCUAGAGUCAAUGUGGAGGCUGAAGAGGGAAGCACCGCCAUUAUAACAUGUGGCAUUCCACCCAGUGUUCCGCCUGCUCAGAUCCAUUACCGUGUGAGAGGGAAAUGGCUGGACAAAUCUACCGAUAAGUACUUCAUCCUACCCUCUGGAAACCUUCAGAUAGUAAAUGUGACGUUGGAGGAUCGGGGGCCCUAUAGAUGUGCCGUGUAUAACCCAGUCACACAUGAGCGGAAGAUAAGCCCCUCUGUAUACAAACUCGCUGUUACAGGUUCAUCCCACUCUGAUUUCAUCCCCGUACAACCAGUCCUUACUCAUCAUGUGUCUGUACAUCUGAAUGAGACCGUGACUCUGGAAUGUGCAGCCGGAGGGGUCUCUGCCCCCCAUGUUUCACUGGUAUAAAGAUGGGCAGAGUGUCACAGAUAAUAGAAGGACAUUGUUACAUACUAACCUUGUGAUCAAGACUGUGGAAAGACUGGAUGCUGGGAACUACUCUUGCCUAUUGGCCAAUGAAACCCAGGAAGUGGCUCGCAUGAACUACAUAGUCAUUGUUGUAGAAGCUCCACUGAUUUCCCGGGCCCCUGAGGACCAGACUGCACCAGCAGGCAGUGACGUCAUAUUUACCUGCGAGACCCGGGGUAAUCCAACUCCAAAUAUCACUUGGCUACACAACACCGUGAGCAUCUAUCCAUCAUCCCGCCGGCACCCACAGGGGAAAACACUACAGAUCAGCAAUGUGGCUGAAGAGGAUUCUGGGAUGUAUCAGUGUAUGGCAGACAAUGGAGUUGGUGUGGUCCAGGCCUCUGCCAGGCUCCAUAUACAAACAGGUUCAGGCUCCAGACCAGCUAUUGUGUCCCCGCCUACAAGUGUCAGCGUAGUGAUUGGAGAUUGGGUCACUUUAACCUGUAAUGCCACCGGAAACCCCACCCCUUCCAUCCGCUGGUAUGACACCCUCGGACCAAUCAGCAGUCAUCCCUCCCAGAUCCUUCGGCCUAAACCCCGUAAGGCAUUACAGUCCAAGAUGGCAGACACCCCCAUCCAAGAUCCGCUACAUGUGAUCAUGUCUCAUCCAGGAACCAGCUCCUUGUAC